AUGAUGGCUCUCAGCUGGGAUAGAUGUCAAGCUGUGGUGCGGCCACUACGAAAACGUCCGCUAUCACGUCGGCGGUCCCUCAUCACAAUUGCCAUUAUUUGGACUAUAUCUACUGCAACAGCGCUUCCCUUCGCAUUCGCAGCGAAAGUGAGAGAACUGUACCUCUACAACAUCGUGACUAGAGAGGCCUCGAUCCGGCACGCUUGCGCAGCUCCAGCACAUCCUGUGUGA